UGACAGGCGGCCGAGCACGUUCAUGUGUCUGGCGGCUCUCUACUGCGAGAGACAGAUGGGGUUUCAGUGACUCCGCUCUCUGGGCUAAACAUUUACAAAACAACAGCAUUUUGCAAUGACACCCGAAGAGAGCGAAAAUGGAGAAAACGCAACGAACUCGCAGAGUGAGAUGUUGAUCAACCAGCUGAGGGAGAUCACCGGCGUCCAGGAUCCACAGAUUCUCUGCAGAGCGUUAAAGGCCAGUCGGGGUGACAUUGGACAUGCUGUCGGGCUGCUGACAACCCAGCCAGCGGAGGUUCCGGAUGCCGGAGAACCACAAGAGUCUGGGACGCCUGGCGUUCCCUGGGAGGGACAGAAAGGAGACCGUGAUGAACUGCAGACCGCCAUAGAGCUGAGCUUGCAGGAGUCUCACAACGCUCAGGAAGAGGAGCGACAGUUCCAUAGGGCCCUGGAGGCCAGUGCCGAGGAGAACUCUGCGAGAAGCAAGAGGAAGAGAUGUGAGGCCCAGAGUGACAUGUGCAACCCCGCAGACUGGAUCCGCCAGGACGACUGGCCCGUCGGCAUUCGCAACGUGGGAAACACCUGCUGGUUCAGCGCCGUCAUUCAGUCGCUGUUCCACCUGCCUGUGUUCAGAAGGCUGGUUCUCAACUACCAUCUGUCUGAGCAAAUCCUGGACAAGUGUCAGAGCCACGCGGACAAGAGGAACAUUGCCUUCAUGCAGGAGCUGCGGUGUCUCUUCGCCCUCAUGGUGGGCUCCACUCGCAGGUUUGUAGACCCCUCUGCCGCCGUGGAGCUGCUGCGAGAUGCCUUCAGGACCAGCGAGGCCCAGCAGGAUGUAAGCGAGUUCUCCCACAAGCUGCUUGACUGGUUAGAGGACGCCUUUCAGCUCGCCGCCAAUGGACACAGCCCAACAGACAAGCAGCAAAACCCCAUGGUGCAACUUUUCUAUGGCACCUUUGUGACUGAGAGGAAGCAUGAGGGUAAAAUUCUCUGCAACAUUGAACAGUUUGGCCAGUACCCCCUUCAAGUAAAUGGCUUCAACAACCUGGAUGAGUGCCUGGAAGGCGCCAUGGUCGAGAGGGAGAUCGAGUCGCUCCACACUGAUCACAGCGCUCCAUGUGGUAGAGAGAGAUGGUUCAAGAAGUUGCCGCCUGUUCUGACAUUUGAACUGUCCAGGUUUGAGUUCAACACCCAGCUGGGCCGCCCGGAGAAGAUACACAAGAAACUGGAGUUUCCACAAAUCAUCUACAUGGACAGAUAUCUUCAUAAAAACCUACAGUGUACACAUGAGAGGAGAGGAGAAGUGAAAAAGCUGAAGGAGCAGCUUGCAGCCCUCCAACAGAAACUUGAAUGCUACAAGAACUACGGCUCAGGACCCAGCAAGUAUCCUCUGGCCGACAUGCUACAGUUUGUGUUGGAGUUUGCGUCCACCAAGCCCGUCAAUGUUUCCCCGGCUGAGGACACCAGACCACCCUCUUCCUCGCCCACUCCUCCCAGCCACCCACUCAGUGAGAGCAUCAGCCAAGACAACAGUGACCCUGCAGGUGCUGAGCAGGGCCUCAUUUCCAGCUGCCAGCGCACCCCCAUAUACAAACCCUUCACCCAGUGCAGACACCAAGCUGACUGCCCACCCCAUCCUGCCCCCCACAGCAUCACAGAAGAGGAGCUGUACUUUGUUAAGGCCUGCUUACAGCGUUGGAGGACAGAGGUGGAGAAUGACAUCAAUGAGCUGAAGGCCAACAUUGACAGGCUCAGUCAGACGUUGGAGGGCAUGUACUCAGACAACAGCCUCUGCCAGGUACCCUACAGACUACACGCGGUGCUAGUGCACGAGGGCCAGGCCUCAGCAGGCCACUACUGGGCAUACAUUUAUGACCACGCCAACCAGCGCUGGAUGAAGUACAACGACAUCAGUAUCACAGAGUCCUCGUGGGAGGAGCUGGAGCGAGAUUCUUUCGGUGGGAUGACCAACGCCAGUGCCUACUGCCUGAUGUACAUUGACGACAGGCUACCCCACCUCAUCACUGAUGACACAGAUGAUGAGACAGGCCAGGUGCUGCAUGGCAUGGACUCGCUGCCACCCGUCCUGAGACGCUUUGUGCACCAAGACAACCGCUGGUUCCAGCAGGAGCUCAGCGAGUGGGAGGAGCAGCUGUGCCAGGCGGCGGCGCCCCAAGAGGAGACCACACUAAGUCCUGCCGAGCCCCCCAAAGCCAGCACAGAUGCCACUCAGCACUCUGCACCCGUCGAGCCAGCACCACAGUCAGGACCUCAGACUGAUGAGCCUGCUCAGGCAGCUGCUUCGGAACCACAACCAGAGGGUCAGAAGGAUGAGGAGCCUGCAGGACCAACGGAAGCAGAGGUAACGGCACCCCCACAGAGGUCUGACAGCCAUGCAGAUGAUAGCGAGUUCGCCAACAGUGACACACACAGGCCCAGCCAGGGUUCCACCACCACCACGGCUACUGAAACGGAGUCUCACAGUCAGACUCGUGGCCCUGAAGUGGAGCUCAGUAGCAACCAGCCACCAUCCGACCUCUCGCUGAAGAAAGAGGACAGAGAGGAAAAAGAAGAGGAAGAAGAAUCUCAACACGACCUGCAGCCCUCAUCUGAGGAGUCUCCUCAGUAUGAAGAUAGGAAGGACGAGGAGCCACAGGAGGAGCAGGUCCCUGCAAGACGGCAACAGGUGGAGAAUGAGGUCUCCGAGGUGGAGAUCCCCAACGUGGGAAGAAUCAUGGUGAGGGCUGAUGCAGAUGGAUACAAUGAAGAGAUGAUGCUGACUCCAGCUAUGCAGGGCAUCAUCCUGGCCAUUGCAAAGGCCAGACAAACAUUCGACACAGAGGGUGCCGAGGCUGGACUCAUUAAGGCCUUCCACGAAGAGUACUCCCGCUUGUACGAGCUCGCACAGGAGGAGACAACGCCGCGGGAGGACGCUCGCCUGCAGCACGCUCUGGUUUACUUCUUCCAGAACAAGGCGCCCAAACGCAUUAUAGAGAGGACGCUGCUGGAGCAGUUCACAGACCGCAACCUCAGCUUUGAUGAAAGAGCCAUCAGUAUCAUGAGGGAAGCCCGAGCCAAGCUGCGCCUCAUCAAACCAGAGGACAUGGAUAUGGAUGAGUACAUGCAGUGGCACGACGACUACAGAACGUUCCGGACUGUCUUUGUCUACCUGCUAACUGGACUGGAGCACUACCAGCACGGGAAGAUGCGCGAGGCUCUGACCUACCUGGCUCACGCGUACGACGCCAACACCACCCUGCUGAGGAGCGGAGAGAAACGUGGCGUAGAAACGUCACUUAUUGCACUUUACAGGAGGAAAUGCCUCACGACCCUGAACGAAAGCGCGACACGCCUCUUUGCCAGCGGGGAGGAAAACAAGGUGGAGGAGGGUGUGGCCAUCAUGGACGAGGUGGUCAUUCCCUGCCUGCACCUCAUGAGCCGCGAGUCGCAGAUAUCGCAGGAGGACCGUGACACGAUGGAGAACAUCCGCAGCCAGUGGUGCUGCUGUCUGGGCCAAGACAUGGACGACUCGCUACAGAUGAAACUGGGUGAGUUUCUGCCCAGGGUUCUGGACUGCUCGGCCGAGACCGUGGUGCUUAAAGACCCACCUAAAGUCCAUGUGAACCAGGCCCACGACCUGUGCAGUCGCCUGGCUGCCGUCAUGGAGUCUAUCCACAACACCUCAGUGGUCAUUGUCAAGUAAAGUUCAGGUCCAAACCCUAACAGAUGAACUUGAAACCACGCUGAAAGUAACAUGGCCAACGCACAGCAGGGGUUCAAUCAUUUCAGUCAUGCAUUCAUACAGGCCACAUGGUUUGUAGCGCUAGCUAUAAGCAUUAGCAAGCUGGAAUAGUCGGAAAAUACAUAUGGUAGAAUGUUACGUCACGCAAGUAUGUUUACCUUAUUGAGAGUGCAGGAAGUGAUGAGGUGAGAUUGUGUUGCCAGGCAGAGUGAGCACAUGACAUUUGUGCUGCACACUGACAAAUGAUUGUUGAUUGUUGUUUUUCUAAGUAUGUAUUUUAUAUUAUUACUUUGUAUUUUUCCUGAUAUAGACUUUGACAAGUCUUAUUAUGUAGGUAAAGCACAGACAAGCGAGUACAUCUUCAAAAUAGAGCUACAGAAAAAUGUCACAUAGAAAAGUAUUACAAGAACGUGCAAUAGUGGAUUAUUUAGUAAGAGGCUAUUUAAACCUUUUUAAGGUUAUUAUUGAUCAUUAUGGAACGGCACUUGGCUUUAAAACACAGUGCCUUGUGUCCACUGCAGGUGCUUUUCUGUGUCAAAGACAAUAAAUAUUUCCUAUUUGUAUAAACAAAUCUUCCCAAACAAGAUUUUUUUUAAAUCUCGAAACAACCUGUCACCGUUUUGAUCUCAUAUGUCGCUGAUACCACUACUUCCUUUUGGCU